AUGCCGGACGGCCUCGACACUAUAAAGGAGAACCAACCGACGUCGCCGACAAAAUCGGAAAAAUCAGCAAAAAAUGGAGAACCACCAUUUGAAGAAGAGGAUCAGGAUAUUGGUUCGCUGAACGACGGACAGCUCACGAACUACUCUUCUCAGUAUUCAAUCAACAUGGGUGCACAACAAGUUGAAACACAAUUGGUACCCCAUGCGCCUGAUGGCGGAUAUGGAUGGGUUAUUGUAAUCGCUGCUUUUAUGUCAAAUUUUGUGGUGGAUGGUAUCUCUACAGCAUUUUCGGAAUUCAAACAAUCUUACAAGGAUCGGUAUAUGUCUUCGGACGCGAUGACCUCACUCAUCGGAUCUCUCAUUAUUGGAAGUUACUUGCUCGUCGGACCAAUCGUCGGAGGACUUUGCAAUAAAUACGAGCCAAGAUAUGUUGUCAUCCUAGGAUCUCUCAUUUCUGGAGUCGCUUUUCUGAUCGCUCCUGCCGCCCCAAACAUUUACAUUUUCAUGCUAAUCUACGGAGUUGUUGGAGGAAUCGGUUUUGGUAUGAUCUACUUGCCAGCUAUUGUUGUUGUUGGAUUUUAUUUCGAGUCUAAGAGAGCUAUGGCUACUGGAAUUUCCGUCGCUGGAUCUGGAGUCGGAACUUUUGUGAUGCCAAUGAUCUGCCAGUAUGCUAUUGCUAACUUCGGAUGGGAGAAGACUCUAUGGAUUUUGGCUGCUUUCAAUUUCUGUUGUGUCGUUUUUGGAUUCCUCUACCGCCCACUCCCAAUGAUUGACCCCAAUGAGCUCCGUGACCAAGAGAUGGAGCCACUCCGUCAGGCGCUUUCCAAGAUGUCCGAUGGAGAAGAUCAAGAGGAGGAGACAGUUGAAAGUCCGCAUGUCAACCGUUCGACGUCGGCCGCCAGUGGUGCCAAUCAGGAAGAAGAUUUGUCUCAAGAUCCAGCCGUCAAACGCCUUCGCAGUGUCCUCAAUGAAAUCGAUGAUGGAUCUGAGACUCCAAAAUCCGAUGCUCAUAAGAUCCGCCACGCGGCUCCACGUUCCCGAAAGCACACCAUGACUAGCAACUCUGGAUCCCAACACGACUUGAAAUCUUCCCGUGGAAACCUGGCUGAAAAUCGUUUGAGCCGCGUCUCCGCCAGAUCAUAUGCCCAAUCUUUGAGCAAAUUGAGCAAGUCUGGAGGUGCUUCCAACCUCAGCAUCGCCAUGAGUGGAGUCGACCCAAAUGAGUUUGCUCGUCCAUUGAACAGACAGGAUAUCUUCUACGGAGGAUCAAUCAGCAAUUUGAAGGAAUUCAAGCAAGAGGGAGGAAACAUGGCUAACUAUCGCUCGUCGACUCUCUCCAUUCCAAAAUCUGUUGUUGGACAAGCUGCUUCUCAAAUGAAUUUGAGCCGUGCCGGAAGUCGUAUUGGAGGACAAGCUGUGCCAGAAGAGGAAGACGAAAUGAUUGAACCAUUCGUGGAUGACGGAUGCUGCAAAAUUUUGCCUCUCUCAAUUCGCAACGCCUUCUCGGAAAUGAUCGACCUCGAACUGUUGAAAGACCCAAUCAUGCUCAUCCUUUGCCUGUCCAACCUCCUCGGAAUGAUGGGAUUCUACAUUCCAUUCAUGUUCCUUAAAGAUCUCUCUGAAUCAAUGAAACUCGACCCAUCGCAAGCCAAGUUCCUCGUCCCAAUCAUCGGAGUCACCAACACAGUAGGCAGGGUUUUCUUCGGUUGGGUUGCUGACAAAAAAUAUCUCUCUGCUUUGACCAUCAACAAUCUGUCACUCAUUAUCUGCGGAUUCUUGACUCUUGCAUGCCCACUUCUUCGCACAAUGGGAGGACAAUACUUCUACUCCUUCUUCUUCGGAUUCAUUAUCUCUGCCUACAUUUGCUUGACCUCGAUCGUACUUGCUGAUCUCAUGGGACUCGAAAAGCUCACCAACUCCUUCGGACUCCUGGUCGUUGCCAGAGGUAUUGCUGCUCUUGCUGGAUCUCCAUUCGCCGGACUUGUCUAUGAUAUCACUGGAAGUUACGAUGCCGCUUUCUACUUCGGAGGAAUGGUUAUCUUGGUUGCUGGACUCAUUUCUGCCACAAUUCCAUUUGUUAUCAAACGUCGUGGACCAGCUCAAGAUUCCGCUUUCCAAAUGCAAGACCAGGAUAAUAUGUCUGGCAAAUUGUCUGUUUUGACCGAACGGUCAGAGGAGGCAUUGACUGAUUAUCAAAGAACCAUUCAGUCUUUAAAACAACAACAUCAGUUGUUACAAGGUGACCUAGAAAAGCGCAAACAAUUGAACAAUGGAGUCGUCGAGGAGGAGGAUGAGAAUGAUGAGCAAGUAUGUUCAUCUGAUAAAGAAAAUGAUAAAUUGAUGUUUUAUUAA